AGUGAACGUGAUCUCCUACGACGAGAAACAUCCAUGGAGGAUGAUACACCAAAUUAUUUCCGCCAUAGCCAAAAAGCUCAAGCUGGUAUCUCCAAUGCCUUCUAGGCUCUAGAAGAUCGAGAGCUACUGUAAAUUACCCGUUCUGCCCUCCCAACAAAUAUGGCAAUUUCCCAUUUAGUACCUCAUUUGCCCCUUCUACGCUUUUCUCUCACUGCCACAAAGCUCACUCCUCAACUCCAUUCUCACAGACACCGCUUCUUCUCCAUCCGUGCUUCCAUGGCGUCUCCUCCUGCUCGCAAGGUUUUGGUUCCGGUUGCGAACGGCACCGAGCCGCUUGAGGCUGUCAUCACCAUUGACGUGCUUCGACGUGCUGGAGCUGAUGUUACCGUUGCUUCCGUGGAGAAUCAUAUUCGUGUUGAUGCUGCUCAUCAGAUCAAGAUUGUUGCGGAUUCCCUCAUUUCAGAUUGUGCAGAUACUGUUUUCGAUCUCAUCGCACUUCCUGGAGGUAUGCCGGGUGCUACCAGUCUAAGAGAUUGUGCAGUUUUGGAGAACAUAGUGAAGAAGCAAGCUGCUGAUGGUCGACUUUAUGCUGCCAUUUGUGCUUCACCUGCAGUGGUGCUUGGAUCAUGGGGUUUGCUGAAGGGGUUGAAAGCAACAUGCUACCCAUCGUUUAUGGAGCAACUGGGAUCUACUGCAACUGCUGUUGAAUCCCGGGUACAGAUUGAUGGCCAAGUUGUGACAAGUCGUGGGCCUGGUACUACCUUGGAGUUUGCUGUUGCACUUGUUGAGCAAUUGUAUGGGAAAGAAAAAGCCGAUGAAGUUUCUGGACCUCUGUUGUUGCGUUCCAACCAUGGUCAUGAAUAUACCAUAGCUGAGCAAAAUCAAGUGAAGUGGACAUUUGAUGAUGGCCCAAGGAUUCUUGUACCUAUUGCUAAUGGUACUGAGGAAAUGGAGGCUGUUAUGAUCAUUGACAUUCUUCGGAGAGCUAAAGGGAAAGUGAUGGUGGCUUCUGUUGAGGACACGCUAGAGAUUCUUGCAUCACGAAAAGUUAAACUGGAGGCAGAUUUACUUCUUGACGGAGCUGCUGAACAGUCAUACGAUCUAAUUGUUUUGCCUGGAGGGCUUGGUGGCGCAGAAGCGUUAGCAAAAUCUGAAAAACUGAUUAAUUUGCUAAAAAAGCAGAGAGAAUCAAACAGACCCUAUGGAGCAAUAUGUGCAUCCCCUGCUUUGGUCUUAGAACCUCACGGCUUGCUGAAGGAUAAGAAAGCUACUGCUUUUCCUGCAUUAUGUGACAAAUUGUCCGACAAAAGCGAGAUUGAUAACAGAGUGGUGGUUGACGGAAACCUGAUUACAAGCCGGGGACCAGGAACAACGAUGGAGUUUUCUCUGGCAAUCGUAGAGAAGCUUUUUGGAAGAGACACGGCAGUUCAGCUGGGAAAAACAAUGGUCUUCAUUCAGGAUUAGAGGUCAAUCCAGCGUUUUUCUCACUGUGAGUGUUCCAUUUUCUUAACUACCAUGGAUGAGUCGAAUAACUUUGUAAUAACUUGAGAGUUGGAUUCUCAUUUGAAUCUGUGAAUCCACUUCUAAAUUUUGUAUAUAUGUUUGUGGAAUAAUAUAGUGAGUUCUAUCUAACCUGACAAGUGAAAUACAGGGUCACAACUUGAGGUUUUCUUUCUUAA